AUUCUAUACAAUCUACAAUUUAUAUUCCCCCAUAUUCCUCCAUAUUCCUCCAUAUUCAUCAUCUUUAUUCCUACCUCAUCAUCUCUUCUCAAAUCUCCACAUUUACCAUCCCCACUAUCCACCAACCACCCUCCCCCAACCCCCCAACUGACCCUCAUUAGCCUACUAACUGCUGUACCCUGGAAAUACCUGGACUAGUUUUCAGCCCGUAUCGCGUUCCUUCGAACCUGACCUUAUUGCGUGGCCUUCGAUCACCAUUUCUCAUCAAAAAACACCUCGUUGGGAUUGUCAACUUUCGCUCUUUCGUCCUCGUGAAUCGCAUACAUGACGGAACUGGCACUCUGAGGGCCGUAACAGUUUACACUGGCCGCAAGGCAGACACAGUUAUGUCGAAGCCAUACCCUGAUACUUUUGACUCGCCGUUAGCUUCUCGCGCGGCUGCAGCUCCGGCUCCCGUCUCGUACCAGGCGAACGUCAACAGGCAGAAGACGAAGAAGUGGGUGGACGCGAAGCCCGGUAAUUAUGGUGGAGACGACUGGGGCGACGACUACGAUGACGGCUACAACGACGCUCCCCCUCCUCCUCCGGUGCCCAAAGUAACGGGUUUACGGCAGCCGGUACAGGGUGUGCGGCACGACGUCGGCAUUAAGAAGACAUAUGGCGACCUCCCGCAUCUGCCAAAGGACGCGCAAGACAGGAGCUCCACAAACCCUCCCUUGCUUCGCCAGAGCUCCUUCUCAAGGGAUGACGAGCGCCGAGCAUUCUCGAGCGGACCGUCGCAACAGGACGCUCUGCCGAGCAAUCUAGCGACCGCUGCUGCUGCGACUCCCAGUCCUCCAUUGCGCCUCGCCAGUCAGCGCAAGCAACUCCCACCUCCAGGCACCGAGAGUUCAGCAAGGUCAUCAUAUUCCGAGUCGAGCCGCUCGUCUGCUCAUACUGCAUCGGACGCGCGAUCCGCGUCUGGCGAUGCGCAUAACAAUUAUCCCGCACACGACGUUACCUCGCCCUUGAGGUCCGCCGCGUUAUCCCCUCAGGCGAGAGCUGCGUCACAUUUGAGUCGGUCAGACUCACCACCUGUGAAUGUAGCCUCUCCACCCGCUCAAUUCUCUCCACGAAACACCACUUUAAACCAAACGAUUGUGCCGGAUUCCUCCGCAAAUUCUGCAGCUCCGGCUCCAGCUUCUGCUACCUCGGUUGCGAAGGCUCUACCUUUCAUCCGACCUGCGGACAUCUACAAACGCCUUGAGGAGGAGCGACAAAGAAAGGCUUCCGGUGAUUCUAGUAUGGACUCAGCAGCGGCUACAAUCCCUGAUACACAGUCUUCACCAGCGUUGCCGUCCCACGCUACUGCACCCGUCGUUGCUGCGCCGGUGGUUGCUACGCCUGUGGCUCUAGCACCCGCUGAACCUGCCAAUUAUAACAGGGGCGGAUACGAUACAUAUGAAGAAGAAGUACCUGAUUACGGAAGGCAAGCCGAAACAUACCAAGCGGAUACAUAUCAAGAAGAAGUACCUGACUAUGGGCGAAGGCAGGCGCCAAUGCUUGAGUCUGUGCAAGAAAGGAGAAGCGAAUAUGGGUUCGACGAUAUGGCUGCAAAGUCACCGGAGGCCGCUCAGAAGCUUCAGCAAGUGGUGCAGAAGCAAGAGGCCCCGGUUCAGCAAUUUCUGCCACAAGUCCAGGAGCAUGUCCAACAGGCCCAGCCUGAAGCUGCAUCUGACGCGGAUGCAAACCGACGCUAUUCUAUUAGCCCGAAGUUACCAGACUUACACAGGAUGUCUGGUUUUGGCUUUGAUAUGUGGUCCCAGUCAGCGCCUGACGGAAAUGUUGCAAACUCUCCUGUUGCCGAGCGACAGAUGCCAAAAGCAGCGGAACAAACUCUACAAAGGCAAGAAUCGCAAGGAUUCACGUCAGUUGUACACCAGGCGUUCGAUAGGACUGAUUCGAUACCCGAAACUCCAACUUCGCAGGGCACAAGCAACGUUCGACGCACUGAUAGCGACAGCACUGGCACUGCCGGUAUUAGCCCCAUAAUGAGCCGAGUGUCCAGCGGCGCAAACCCAGACUCUCGCGGCCGAACGCAGGAGCCGAAAGACAACUUGACUCCGGCAAUUGCCGGGGAGAAGGAACCGGAUUCUCGGAGAGCUUCCGCCAUUGUGGCAGAGGAGCCUAACCAGACGCCGUUCCACAUGGGCCACCGUCGGGACCUGAGCGCACCGAGCAAUGGCAACAGUCCUGCUAGAUCACCGCACUUGGAAACUGCCACCUUGGCUCCUCAGUCAGGGGAAGUGGCACAAGUGGCUGAGGUGACUCGUCAGAUACUUCCGACAGCCGGUGCUUGGGACUCGUACUCCAUAACCGCCGAGUCAGCUGCUGGUGAAGUUGCACAAAAGGAGGCUAUUGGCGAAGACCCAACUCCUGUCGAACCAUCACAGUCCCCCGAAGCGACUACAUCGCCGCAGCCUCUUGCGACCUUCAGUGCAGCACCAUCUCCACCGCUUAAAGAUGAUGUGACUCUGCCACCGCUUACAACUAGUAAGGCUGAGGAUCUAAAUGGUGCUGCUCCAAAGGAUGAUUCAGAGACUCAGAACCCUCUAAUGAAGCUUCCAACGCUGAGCCCAACAGACGACGAAACUGAUAGGCUACACAAGGAGAUCGUGAGGAGCUUGAGUCCGCGCGGUUCAACUUCUAUCGCAGCUCAAGACUGGGUUCCGCCACCAAACGCUGCAGCAAGGCAGUCGACUCUGGGUCUUCCAGCGCUGAGUGCGACUCGUGAAAGCAUGUACUUGCCGAGCGAGUAUGACAACUACUGGGCAGAGACAGAGGAAGAUACGCAGGUAGAGCCUCAGACCCAAGAGCAGACCGCGCCAGUUGCAGAUGCAGCGACUUCGACGGCUUCCACUGGGCUCCACAAAGUCGAAGAGUCUAAGGAUAUCCCCGCGAUUGCCCCAUUGAGCCCAAAAUGUGCGUCGAUGCUUCCUGCUGAGCCAAUCCAGCCUACUCUGGAGCGUAAAUUCUCCUGGGAGGCGCUGCCAGAGCAAGUGACAACCGCGGCUGAUGAUAGCCAGUCACCGCCUGCGAUUGUGUCUCCUCAGCCAAUCGUUGCCGAAAGAGAGCUCGAGCAGGGUUCGGUCCCGGGGGCUACUAUAGCUCGUUCGGAUUCUGCGUCUCCGGCGCCGUUGUCUCUUCGUAGUCCUCAUGCGUCUGCUGCUCAGCCAGAGGACCACAAGGGUAGUGUCGGUUCGGAAGGAAUCGUUACCGAAGCUGUCGCGGCUACUGCAGUUGUUGCACCUGCUGUUAGUACCAUUCGACCUGUGUCUGCUGAUUCAGAGGAUCCUGGUUCUUCUUCCCAGGCGGCACCUCCGUAUAGCAAGGCUAUGUCUACAGAGGGAACCGACACCGUGUCUCCCAUGUCUGCCAAGGUUGACCCUGUGCGAUCUCAGUCGCAGCAGAUCAACUCAAUGCUAGACAUCGGCGCGCCUCAAACAUCUCCAUCUCCGCAUGAUGGACCGCCACAGUCGUUCCAACAGAACGAUGUACCUCGUCCCCAAACCCCCGUGGACCCCACAAUGCCUAAGCCAUUCAAGGAGAUCAUGUCUCUGUCCAGCCCACAGCAGCGCAUCAACGCAUACAACGAGAGCCGCCAACAGUUCGCAACCAUGGACUCAGGGCUAGCAAACUGGAUGCACGCCACCACCGCCCAACCCCAUCUCCAAAACCCACUCGCCUCUCCUGGUGCCGGAGCAGGUGCCCAAUCCUCCCAACGUCCAAAGUCCGGUAACAUCCUCACGCCCAAACCGCAACCAUACUACCAACAAUACCUCAACGCCAGCACACCCACUGCAUCCCCUCCACCCCAAGCGCGCUACAGCGGCGGCACACCCACCACGGGCACGCAGGGCUUCGGGUCCACGAGCAGCAAGACGACACAGCAGGUGCAGGCGAAGUCGAAGGAGCUGCUCCAUACGGCGGGCAUCUUUGGGGGGAGGGCGAGCAAGGCGGGGAAGGGACUGCUGGCCAAGGGGAAGAGCAGGUUCAAGGGUUCGGGAGAUAAGGACGCCGCCAAGGCAAGCAGCCCCACCAUCGACACCAAACCCGGCAAAUCCUCCCGCCGCGCCUCAUGGGCCUUCUCCCUCUCCUCCAGCCCCUCCACCGCGCGCCCUGCAACCUUCAGCGGCACGGACCCAGCGCCAUUCGGACGCACCUCUGAAUCGAGUGGUUCCCAGACCGCUGCUGGUGCGGGACGGAGGAGGUCGACGAGUAGUGAGCAGGCGCCUACUAUGAAGGCGCAGGCUCAGAAGUUCCUCGAAGUCAACCCCCCCACCUCCUCAACGCUUCGAGACGCACGAUGGGGCUCCGAAACUGCGCUAUCUACCGACGACGGAAGCGCACGUAACCGCGAGGGAAGCGUCGCUGACCCCGCCGCUGGGGGAAAGGAUGACAUCGCACCCCCCGUCCCAAUCGGCAAGUACCAACCUAGCUGGGACCCUUAUAACGCAACCCCUAUUGUGGAGGAGGAGGGGUUUGGGUGGGAGAGUCCUGUGAAGGGAUCUGCGGUGCCUGUCCCGGCUAGGGGCUGGGGGGGGGUUGAUGAGACGCCGGAGACGCCGGUAGAGCGUGAGGUCCCUGGGGAAGGAGAGAUCCCUAGUGAGGGAGAGGGCUGGGUGAUGGUGGAGGAGAGUGUGAGGAGGAUUAUGGGGGUGGCGGCGAAUGGGGCGAGGCCGGUGCAUGAGAGGGGUGAUAGUGAGGUUUCGGCGUUGACUGUUGUGCCGGCUAAUGAGGGGCUGGUGCCGCUGGAGAGCUUGGACGAGCAGAGUGAGGUGCCUGUUGUUGAGCGUGAUGUUCAGCCUGAGCCAGUGGUUGAGCCUGUCGCCGAGCCUGUCGCCGAGCCUGUCGAUGAGCAAGUCAUAGAGUCAGUCGAAGAGCCAGCCGUCGAAGAGCAAGCCGUUGAAGAGCCAAUCGUUGAAGAGCCAGUCGUCGAAGAGCCAGUCGAAGAAGAAUUAGUCGUCGAGGAGCCAGUCGUCGAGGAGCCUGUCGAGGAGCCUACCCCCGAAGAAGCUCUCGUUGCGGAACCGAUCAUGGCAGAGCCUAUCAUUACGUCCGUGCUACCGGACAUCGCUACCAACGGCCACACACAGCCCGACUCCGAAGUCCGAGCUAUCAACAACCCCGAGGUCUCCCCAGAACAAACCUACCUAUCCCCCAUCGACAGUUCAAACACAGACAACAAGCGCCAAGCCGGCCUCUGGAGCCCCGGCGCAAUCGUCGAGACACCCACCUCCCUAACCCCCGAAACCCCAAGUGGCUUAACCCCUUCAGCCGGCCAACCCUCCUAUGCAGCAGCGUUCUCCGCUUUACCCCCAAUCCGCCGCUCUAGCACAUUUGGCAACAACUCCGUCACUCGCCUCGCCCAAACACUUAGCAACGAUGCGGUCGAGCAAGAUGAUGUACGUAGCUCCGGCGCCGUGUCCCCGGUCUCAAUCACAGAAGAGCCGCGGGAGAUGAUCCCCGAGCAUCCAGUCGAGGCAAUCAACACUGCGCCGCCCGCAGCGCCAACUACCCGCGAUAGGGGCCCAGAUGAGACAGUGCACAAGGAGACGCAGCGAUACUCGUUCCAAGAUGACUUUUACGAGCCUCAGCCUGAGAUUCUGAGCCGUCCUUCGACAAUGACCACCCCGCGUAACGGCGACGUGUUACACGUGGCCCCGACACCAUUACGCUCCGUCUCUCCAGGAUCAAGGCCGCUCGUGCCGCUGUUUAUUACGAAUCAGUUGCCGACGGAACCGCAGGUUCGGCCGGGGUUUGUGGGACAUAUGCUGGAGGCGCCGGGGGCGCAGCAGUUUCCUCCGGUGCAGCAGCAGAUGGAGCAGGAGGAGCUCUCUCCUGUGCAGCAGCAGCAACAGCAGCAGCAACAGCAGCAGUAUGUUCCGGUGCAACAGGGGCUGUAUCCUCCUGGUGCGCAAGGGCAGUUUUCGCCUGUGCAGCAGAGGCAGUUCUCACCGGUACCCCAGGGGCAGAUGGUGCCGGGACAGCAGGGACAGUAUCUUCCUAUGCACCAGGGACAGUAUCCCCCUAUGCAGCAGGGGCAGUAUCCUCCUGGGCAGCAAGGACAGUUUGCUCCAGCACCGCAAGGGCAACAUGGACAAUAUCCUCAGCAAGGACAGUAUCCUCACCCACAACAGGGGCAGAUGCAUCUAGGACAGCAAGGACAAUAUCCUCCUCAACAGGGUCAGUAUCCUCCGAUGCAGCAGGGCCAGUUUGCGCCUGGACAACAGGGGCACCCGCAAGGUCAUAUGCUUGUAGCGCCAAUAGGGAAAAUGCUUCCAGUGCAGCAGGGGCAGCUAUCUCAAAUGCCUCCUCAGAUGCUUUCUCAACAACAAGGAGCUCCUCGAUUGCCACUGGAACGGAUGCCUCCGAUGCAGCAAGGCCAGAUCCCUCAAGCGCCGCAGCAAGGACCAAGACAAUCCAUGCCACCAUCUGCACACCAGCGACGAUCAUCGUCAGAUGCUCAGCCUCGAAUGCGCCCAGCUUCAAACUCAAGCCAAGGAGUGCCAAUGAGCGCCGGCGGUUUCCUGCAGCAAUCUACCACGCCGCAAUUCCCGCCAGGCCAGCAACAGCGAACCUCCAUUGAAGCUAUGCGCAACCGUCUACCUUCUAUGAGUGGUGUGAGCCAGCCUCCUAAGAUUACGCCGCAAUACACUGAGAACCGUCAGUCGAUGUUACGCGGCAGCGCUGCUAAGAUACCUCCUUCGUCGUCAGAGAGAUACCCCGAGCUCUUCCAGCCACAGCAGGAUAAGGCUCUUCCGAACGACGCAGACCGCGAUGUUCCGCCAGAUUAUCCUUCUGUUGGGAGAGGACAGUUGCCAAGACAGCAGGUUACCGAAUACGAAAUUGCCGGUGUUGGUCCACCAAUGGAUGAUGCACGAAAUGGCUCGGUGAGGCAUUCACGAAAGCCCAGCAUCCUGAAAGAAAUCGGAGGUCGACUUUCGCGAGGCUCAAGCCUUGAGAGGAAUCUGCCGGCACUAGAAGACGAUGGUACUCGUGAGAUGAGGACUCAACUUGAUUCGAGAAGAGAUUCAGUGGCAAGCUCUGAUGAUAUGUCUCUUAAUGACCCAGAAAAACCACCUGAGAGGAGAAGAAGUCGCAUAAUCGCAGCACUGAGUCCAUCGACUAGAGGCCCAACACCAGAUAUUCCACCCCAGAGCCGCGAGAGCAUGGUUACUCAUCGACCCUCGCAAGCUACCUUGCUUGCCAACACCCCUGCUCCAGGUAGCCCAUUGCCGCCGCCUGAAAAGAGGAGGACCUUCUUUGGCAGGGGCGACACUGGAGGACUGGAGAAGAAAGAGGACAAGCAAAAGAUGUUCAGCGGGCAGUCUACGCAGGUGACCAUGGACUCAACACAGCCUGGUAAAGAGAAGAAGAACAGAUUCUUGGCGAUAAGUAGCAUGUUUACGGGUAAGAAGGGGGAUGCUGAUCGAGGCAGGGGUUCCUCGAGACAUGGAACUUAUGUCCCGAGCAUUUUGCCUGGGAUCAUGAUUUUGGUCAAGAAUGAGAAUGAAAGGCAGAUCCUGGAGCAACAGGGACUCGUGGAAAGGGCUCCUCCGCAAGUGCAGGAUCAGCCCCCUGGUGGCCCACAACCGCAGCCGCAGCAGCAUGUCCUGGUUAACCCAGCGGCUCUCCAGCGCAUCAAUACAGGUGAGGCGCAAGGCCAGAAUGUACAGGGUCAUCCGGUGCAGCAGCAAAUGACCCCCGUUGCACAGCAGCCACCACCACAGCAUCAGCAGUUUCAAACAAUUGCCCCAUUGCGCAUCCGACAAGACUCUAACCUUACUAUUGGGACCAUUGGAGAGCCGCUAGAGAAGCAACACACGCAGCCAACUGGCACGCCGCAGCAACAGAUGGUUCCGCCCGUUGUAGCACAUGGCCAAGCUCGUGGGACCCCACCGCAAGUGAACCCCAACGCGCAACAACCGCCGCAAGGACAUAACAAACCCAUGCCUCCUCCAUCGUUCGGCUCAGCCCGCAUUUCUGAAGAGCCAAUUGAUUUGCAUCAGCGAAAUCUAAACGGUGCGCUACAUCAGCAAAUCCAGCCAAUGGGAACCCCUGGAGGUCAACCUACACUGCCUCGUAUGCCGAACUCACAGCAGCAGGCUCCAGUUGCUUCUACGACCUCUAGAGAGUCAACUCCAAGGCCAACUGCCGAUGCAGACCGCCGUGCAAGUGUGAUCUUGGGUCCCGACCCUGAAGAUCGUCUACGUCGCCGCACUACUCAGCCAAUUGAGACCCUGCCUGGACAGCACCCGGAGGAUAAGUCACUCAUCGUAAACCGCCCAGUAGUAGCACAGGCGCAGGGCCAGGAACGAUCUAUGGUCCAGCAGAAAGUGACACCUCCUAGCCAGAUCGCGUAUCUACCAGAGGAUAUACACCAGCUGCCGUUUCAACGCCAACCGCCUCCCAUUCAAAGGCAGCCGACUUUUAAUACGGUGCCAGGUCAACAGCACCAGGGAGUGUACCAGACGCCUCCCAUCCAGCAUCUGCAGAACUCUCAGGCGCAGCAGCAGCAGAUGUAUAUGAACCAACAGCAACAGCAACAAAUGUACACGCCUCCCCCAAUGCAUUCUCAAGGAUUCCAGCAGGUGCAUCGGGUCCAGUCUCCAGCCAUGUCGCAGCAGACCUCGUCACCACCCCCCACUGCUUCAGCAGUCGCACCCGCGCCAGCCAAAGCCAAGAAGGGCCUCUUCAGCUCACUCCUCGGUGGGCGCCGAAGCUCCGCCAUGGCAGACAACUCAUCAAACAACAACCAGCAAGCCCCUCCCGCGCAGCAAACCCCCCCACCACAAAACUACAACAUUGCACCCAUGGGCCAACAACCACUGCAACAGCAAUACUACGCCACCCCUCCCAUCCCCGGCGCCUACGCCCUCGUCCGCGGCGAAGGCACCCUCGCCCCACCGGGUACGACCCCCGGGGCCUCAACCAGCCCCAACCCGGCCCCGCGCGCGCGCGCCUCCCCCUCACAUGAUCGAAGAGUACCCUGGCCGUCCCAACGCGCCCGCCAUGAACUACUCCUCCAAAUGGGCCGCUCAAGACGCCGCCGUCCAAGCCGCGCUCCAAGCCAAAAAGGACGAGGAGUGGAACCCCCCCGCCUCCGUCCCAUUCCUCAGCCCCGAGAAAACAGCUCGCCGCCGUCUAAGCAGCGAGGAUCUACUCGCGCGCUCCCCGGCAAGAGGACAGUUCGGACAGCAGGCCCCGUAUCAGUUGCGCUUGCCGGGUGAGGAGGAGAUGAAGCGCGAGAGGGGCAGGCAGGCGGCUGAGGCGCUUAGAGAGGCGGAGGAUGCGAGGAUUGCGGCGGAGGUAGUGAUGCGUGCUGAGGCGGUGAUGCGUGCUGAGGCGGCGGGGGUGGUUAUGCCGCCGACGAGGGAGAAUACAUUUAUUGCCCCUGCGCCGCCGUCGAAGAGCGUGCCCCCCGCUAGCGCGGAGAGUAGGGUGAAAUCCCAGGCGCAGAGUCAGUCGCCUAGUCCGAUGCCGAAGGCUACAGAUAAUGGGCGUAUGAAUGCAGGUACACCGCCGGUGGUGGCGGGGCCGCAGAAGCCGUUGGAGAGGAGUGAUACGAUUACGAGUGCGGUUAGUAAGAUGUCGAGUAGUGACCGUGGAAGCCCGGCUGUUGGCGCGCCCGGUGCGGCUGCGGCGGCCGCGGCGGCGGCGGCGACGGAGAGGAGGGUGUCGAGGAUUAUGCCUGAUCAUGAGGAGAAGAUCUAUGAUGACUCGCGUGAGGGGAUGAUAGUAGUUGAGGACGCGACGGUGAGGAGGGUAAAUGGCACGAUGGUUGGGGGUGUUCUUCAGGAGGAGGAGGAGGAGGGACCGAAGGUGAAGAUGAGCGCUACGAGUUUCCCGGGGGAUGAGUGGAGGCCGUGGAUCGAGGAGGGCCUAUAAAAAUCGCCGCUGUGUAGCUUUGUUUUCAUAGUUUUGUUUUUUUUGGGUCUUUUUUGGGGGGGUUCUACUUUAGCCAUUCGGGUUCUUUGCUCCUUUGCGACAGAGCGGAUGUAUAUACCCUGUAGAUUUGUAAUACAGCGCGCGAGGGCGUGAAGCGAUACCCAUUUUUCAUACGUUCAUACAUAAUUAGAGAGGCCUGGAAGCCAAGAAAUGGAUG